UUGACACGCGUCUCCUUCUCCAUCCGUCAUGACCAACCCAGCACCGACCGUCCAUCUCCCUCCGAUGCCCCGCCGCGUCGCUGUCAUCGGAGCCGGCGCAGCCGGCCUUGUCACAGCGCACGAGCUCCGGCGGGAGGGCCACCGGGUGGUGGUGUUCGAGAGAGAGGAGAAGGUCGGAGGGACCUGGGUCUAUGGCCCCGCCACCGAGUCCGACCCACUCGGGGUCGACCCGUCUCGCCGCGUCGUACAAAGCAGCCUCUACGCUUCGCUCCGGACCAACCUUCCCCGAGAGAUCAUGGGUUUCCGGGGCUACCCCUUCGGGUCCACCGGCCGGGAUCCGAGGAGGUUCCCGGGUCACGCCGAGGUCUUAGAGUAUAUCAACGAUUUCGCCGCUGAGUUCGGACUCAGUGAGUUGGUGAGACUGGGGACCGAGGUGACGCAUGUUGGGUUGGCGGCAGAUGGGAAGUGGACGGUGAGGUGGAAAAGCAACGCUUAUCAGUUGGAUGAGUUGUACGAUGCUGUGGUUGUCUGUAAUGGCCAUUUCACGGAGCCUCGAAUCGCCCAAAUUCCGGGCAUUGAGAAGUGGCCAGGAGAGCAAAUUCAUAGCCACAAUUACCGUGUUCCCGAGCCUUUCAAAGGUCAAACUGUAAUUUUGAUUGGGAGUUCAUCAAGUGCUACUGAUAUAUCUAUAGAGCUUGUCGGGGUUGCUAAAGAAGUUCAUAUUGCAUCUAGAUCACCUACUGAUACAAUAGGAAAAGUCCCUGGAUACAGUAACAUGUGGCUUCAUUCCAUGAUAGAUAGCGUCUGUGAAGAUGGCAUGGUGGUUUUCCAAGACGGGAGUAUGGUCCAUGUGGAUGUGAUUCUCCACUGUACAGGAUACAAGUAUGAUUUCCCUUUUCUUGAUACCAAUGGCAUUGUGACAGUGGAUGACAACCGUGUGGGGCCGUUGUACAAGCACAUUUUUCCGCCUCUCUUGGCCCCCUGGCUUUACUUUGUUGGUCUACCAUGGAAGGGUAUCCCUUUCCCAUUGUUUGAACUCCAGAGCAAGUGGAUUGCAGCUAUUUUGUCAGGGAGAAUCACACUUCCAACAACAGAUGAGAUGAUGGCUGAUGUUGAACAGUUUUACAAAGCACUGGAAGAGUCUGGAUUUCCUAAACGAUACACUCACAGCUUGGCUGAUUAUAAGUUUGAGUAUAUCGACUGGCUUGCUGCUGAGUGCGCAAAUCCACCAUGUGAAGAAUGGAAAAAACAGAUGUAUGCAUCGAUUAGCAAGACCAAGAAGCUGCAGCCUGAGAGGUACCGCGAUGAAUGGUAUGAUCAGGACUUGGUUCUGCAAGCCCUUGAGGAUCUCACCAAAUAUCGUUCAAGAGGAGGUAUCAAUGGCUUUCAUUUUAUAUAAUUUGCUUCAGAAAUCGCAAGUCUGUUUCCUGAUUUGACCAGGUUUUCUCCUUGGGAAACAUUUUGGGAAGUGUGUAUCAUUUUUUGAAUAUAGAAGGUCUGUUUUUCAUGGUCUGAGGAGAAUGGCUUUUGGACUCCAUAAUAAAUCAAAUAGGCUUUCAAUUACAAGCACUUGAGCUCGUGAAACUUGUCUACAUGUGGUAUCUGUGGAGCCUAUGUUAGAAACAUUUUACAGAAAUUGUUGAAUGCCAAUAAAAUCAUCAUUCUGAAGACUAUGCUUGUGUUAAACAUGAAAUUCCCACAAGAAAAAAGGUUACGAGGAUUUGUAUCACUCAUCAACUAUAUAUAAGGAAAGAAACGGCCAAGCUGAAAGCCAAAAGAAAAACUAUUCAAUUAGCCAGUCUUCUAGCAUGCACCUUACCGCAGUUUUUAGACUCCUACUCUCCCACGUCGUAGUACAACGGCGAGCGGUGAGGGAUUCCAGCGUCCAACUUUAGCCAUCGAAGUGGGUGUUGGUUGGUCCCGGACAAAGAUGUGUUGUCUUCCUUCACUAACUUAGCAGGGGCAGUGCUGA